AUGGCGGACACUGUCUCGAAGCAUCGAGCUGAGUUUGCCUUUGCUCAGCUUGAGAACGAUAGAUCUCUGAUUUCUCUUCGUGACGAGCUAAGGGUAGCUCGUGGGAUUGUUGAUCGGUCUCGGGAUGAGAUAACUGCUCUUCAGACCCUUGUCGAUGCCCACCAUCGGGAGCACAAGGCUCUCUGCGAGAUGCUUGAGCGCAAGGGCGUUCUUCAUCGGAAGAAGCAGCGUACUGAUGGUACGGCUUAA